AUGUCGGAGGCAACGGGAUGGCCAUUCUGGGUGAUGGUCGUUGCCUUCAUUGCUAUCGGGAUGGGGACGAGCUGCAUGUACCUUGGCGCCGUCGCGACUUGUGCUAAGAAUUAUGGGAAAGGGAAGCACAAGGGUAUUAUGCUGGCCGUGCCCAUUGCUGCAUUCGGUCUCAGCGGGAUGUGGCAGAGCCAACUCGGAACCUAUGUUCUAUACGAGCGAAAGGUCGACGGCAGUCGUGGCGAUGUGGAUGUUUUCCGAUACUUUCUCUUCCUGGGAAUCUUACUUUUCGUGAUUGGCGUCAUCGGUACGUUCGCUUUGCGGAUUGUGGACGACGAGGAAGAGGAGUACAUUGAUCGGACGGUCGAAGAUUUGGAACGGAGUGGAUUGCUCGAAGAGAGUGAAUUCUUUCGACCUCGGCAUGAAAUCCAGGCUGCAUACGGCACAUUCAACGCCGAUGCCGAGGAGGGGUCGGUGACUCUCUCUGAGGAAGAAAGACAGCAGAGGAAGCGUGACUUGGAGCGAGAAGAGGAAGAGCGCCGGAAGAAAAAUUGGCUGCUCAACUAUGAAACCCGAAUCUUCCUCCAGGACCCUACUAUGUGGUGGCUUGCUGCUGGCUUUUUUCUGGUCACCGGCCCUGGGGAGUCAUUUAUCAAUAAUCUUGGUACGGUCAUCCCAACCUUGACCCCACGAUCAUACGCUGCUGCGGCUCCCCCCGCAGGUCUUCCGUCAACACAUGUCACCACCAUUGCAUUAACCUCGACUAUCGCUCGUCUCCUGACUGGAACGUUAUCCGACUUUUUCGCACCAGUAGAAACGCACCUCUUCCCUCCAAUUCCUGAAGACCGUCGUCGAGCUAGGCUCGAAGCUGAGCAGGCCAAUCGCCCCACACUUUCGCGCAUGGUCUUCCUUCUCCCAUCAGCACUCAUCCUGUCCUGUGGAUACCUUCUUCUCUCUACCCCUCUUCCUUUAAUCGACCCGCCACUUCUUCACCUCACCACUGCCCUCGUUGGAUUCGGCUACGGAGGGGCUUUCUCCCUCACGCCGAUCAUCAUCUCCGUAGUCUGGGGCACCGAAAACUUCGCCACAAACUGGGGCAUUGUUGCCAUGAUGCCAGCACUUGGUGCUGCGCUUUGGGGUGUCAUAUAUUCUACUGCGUACCAAAGAGCUGUCAAUAGCGGCAGCGGCUUUGCAGACGGGCAAUGCCAUGGAUGGAGUUGCUACGGUUUAUGGGCCGUAACAUCUACCAUCAGCGUCUGGAUUGCCGUUGGUGUUUGGUUAGCGGCUUGGAGAGGAUGGAAGAAGCGUGGUAUAGUCGUUUAG